ACAAGAGUAAGUAACUCAACCUUCAAACAUUUUGCCUUUUCAGCUUUCAUUGCCCAACCUUGUAGUGUGGCCUUGCUGUUUUCUCAAUGAGAAAGGCUUUUACUCUGCAACGCGCACUUUUGCGCUUCUCUGUUGCGUUGUUGCUGGUUGCCAGCUUCACUUGUGCUACUUCUGUUAUGGCAAUAACUGAAGUUUCAGGGAAUGAAGUGAAUACAGAUGGGAAGCUUGUAAAUGAAGAACUAGCAAAAACAAGCCAACAAGGAUAUGACAAAGAAGCAAAAUUUAAAGGAUUUUUUUCAAAACCUAUUCCAAAACCAAUUUCUGUUGUUAAGCCUAUUCCUAUUCCACUAUAUAAGUCUAUACCAAAAUCAAUUCCCAUAGUGAAACCUAUCCCAAAGUCAAUUCCUAAUGAAGAAGAAAAAUUUAAAGGACUUUUUCCAAAGCCUAUUCCCAUAGUUAAGCCUAUUCCGAAGUCAAUUCCCAUUGUUAAGCCAAUACUAAAACCAAUUCCUGUUGUUAAACCUAUUCCUAUUCCAGUAUACAAGUCCAUACCAAAAUCUGUUCCUAUUGUUAAGCCUGUGCCAAAGUUAAUUCCGGUUGUUAAACCCAUAACAAAACCCAUUCCUACUUUUGAGCCAGAAUCUUUUCUAAAGCCGAAGCCUUUCUUUGAAAAACCUGUUCCUAAAUUGCCACUGGAGCCCAAAUUCAAGAAACCACGUAUUCCACAUUUUCCGGUUCAAAAGCCAAUUUCAACUCCAACUCCAUAAAACUAUUUUGCUCAGAAAGUUAUUCGAUCCAUUAUCUAACGCCUAUAUAUCUACACUAAAUAUCUCAAAAUUAUCAGUUGCAUCUGCAUAAUCAUCCUAUCAUAUUUGUGUACUGUAUUGGAUAACAUGUGGCGGAUGUAAAUCAAUAUUAUAUUAAAAUACAAGAGUCGUAUUGAUUUUCCAUUUUUA